AUGACAGAUUCUCAGAAGCCCCAUUCCAACGGUGGUCGGUGUCCCGUGGCGCACAAAGCUCGGGACCCGGAAGAUUUAGAACGAGACUUCACCACGCCUGGUAUACACGGAACGUUGGGCUGUCCGUUCGCCAAAAUAUCGCAUGAACGUUCCCAGGCCCUAAGCGACGAGGAUCCCAUUGCCGUUGAGUUCCAUCAAGAUAAAGUCUCUUCUAGAACGCCCAACACCGAGCAACGGGCCGGCCAGUGUCCCAUUCGCUUCUUAGACAGACAUUCUCCCGAAGAAGUUGCCCAGUAUUUUGAAAACCAUAAGCAUGAAAUUCCUAGAAGCCACGAAAUUUGUGUCAGGAGAUAUCAGCAAAAUGGAGACAGCGCCCGGAAGCUUGACGCCAAAUACGGCAGUCUUGUCAACAUGAUACAAGGGCUCGGAGUCAAGCACAAGGCUUACCUACCGGAGAAGGACAGGAUCGAAGAACAAGACAAAAGCUCAAUUCAUGCCGUGGAGAAAUGGGCGGAAAACGUUAGCAGCGCUCCGACACCCGAAGUCCAGGAGACCACCGCCGCAGCCGACACCGCUGCAGCUGACGAAGCAAGGCUGUCACAUUUCGAAAAGCCCUUGCGGGAAGUCCGCGUUGGAGAAUCUCCUAGCAGACCUUGGGGCAUUUCUGUCCCGGUGGGCAACGAGCCUUCUCCCAGUGCUUUGCAGUCAGAAGACGGCCGUGCCCAUGUGAAGGCGCGAUCGGAGAGCGCGCACAGAGAAGAAAAGAAAAAAGAGUCAAAGUGCCCCUUCGACCACAGCCAAGCAAAAGCGUCUGCACAGGCGCCUCGGCCCGAUCUUCACGAACCCAAGGAACCCCAGCGGGAUCGCCCACAGAUUGUCUUCAACGGACCGGUUUUCUUUGGGUAUACAGCCGAACAGGUGGCUUCUUUGCUUCAAAACACAAGUCUUGGAGCCACUGUUCCACGUUAA